AACCAGCGAUUGAAUAAUGCGGUGAGCCAUGCAAACGACAAUGGGAUCCCCGACAUCGCGGUGUCUCCCCUGCAAGGCGCUCAACUGUCAGUACUAUGCAAGCUGGUUCAAGCCAAGAACGUCCUCGAGAUCGGCACGCUUGGUGGUUAUAGCACAAUCUGGCUUGCCGAGUCUACGCCCGACGUUAAGGUCACCAGUCUCGAGUUCGAUCCGAAGCACCAGGCGGUCGCGAUACAGAAUACGCAAGGUCAAGGACUCAAAAAUGUUGACGUCCGUCUCGGCGCUGCUUUGGACAUCCUGCCGCAAUUGGCUGAGGAAGGCAAGGUGUUUGACUUCGUCUUUAUUGAUGCAGACUGGGCUAAUCAGGCUGCCUAUUUCGAAUGGGCAGUAGUGCUGACGCGUAAGGGAGGCUGUAUUUAUGUCGACAACGUGAUUAGACAG